UCAGAGACGUUCGUGUAUUCAUGUUUUGCUAGUCGAUUUCGAUUGUCAAUCGAUUCGAGAAUUCAACACAAAUCGCACAAAACUCGUCUCGUCGUGUGGUCGCAAUCAUCCGCCAAACAAAGUCACAAAAAUACACGGAACUUACUCAAUAUAAAAAUAAUUAUAUUUGCCCUCAAUUAAUUAGAUAUAAAAUUUUACUGUGCUCGAAGAAGAAAGCAUAAAACAACUCAGUCAGUAAAAAAAUGAAAAACAAAUAAUCAAUUUGUUUUGUGCCUGUGAUUCCUCCGUUCAGUUGAGUGAAAAAUAGUCGACAGAAAAAUAUUCAUAAGAAGAAAAGAAUGUGAAAAAAAUCCUUCUUCGAUUUUUCAAUAUUUCCAAUUGAAUUUUUGUUUGUUUCUCUUCUCGGAAAUUUAUGACGACCAAAAAAAGAAAAAUAAAUAAAAAAUUCUAUCAAGUCGAUUGAGUAAGUUAUGCAAAUAACGGUGAAACUGAAAGUUAUUCGGUUUAUUGUAUCUUUUUUUUAUAGCGUCUCUCUAUCUGACGAGAAGUGACGAAACGAAGAAAUGAGAAAAAGAGAUUCUCAUUCGCUCCGCCGAAAUUGAGAUUAUUUUCGUUGAUUUUAUCGAAUUGUUGUUGUUUAUUGUUGUUGUUGGGAUCGGUCAGUCAGUCAGUUGGUCGUCUACGGGUGAAUCCAAUUGAUGACAGAGAUUCCCAAAUGCCAAUGGGACACUUUUACGCGCUUGUCACUUACAAUCCAACAACUGUGACGACCGCACGUUUUCUAGAGCGGGUAGACCUCGAUUUAUUAACCAUUUAAUUGUCUUCCCCCCCUCCCCGAAAGUCGGUCGAGAGUUGAAUCGAAUCCAAAUCAAGAAAAAGAAAAAAAAGAUAAAAUAUCUUCUUGUUUUUCUGAUUUUUCAUGAUUUUAUUGUUUAGUGUCUGUCUGCAUGCAUUUGAGUGUUGGCAUCGACGACAACCACAAAAGCCAUACCAAAGCCGAAGCCAAAGCCGAAGGCUGUAAAAUCUGGUUUUGUAGUUGAUGUUGUUGAUGUUGCUUGUCGGCAACGGUGCACCUCCCCCAACUGAAUCAACCACUACGACCAGUUUCAACUGAUUGUCAUCAUCGUGUUCUAUGCAAAAAAGAAACAAAAAAUGAUGCAUAGACGUAAAGUUCAUUUUUUGUGCUCUACCACUUCCACCACACCCGGCACCGGCUACAACUACAGUACACAAGCAACGACCAGGAGCAUGUUGCUGUUUGUUGUGUGCAUAGUUUUUGUAGCCUCAUUCGGUAACUUGGAUGCAUCGGCUGCUGCUGCUGAAACUGAUCACAAUUGUAACCAUCAACAUCCUAAGGCACAUGAGGUAAUCCAUGGCGUACACACUGAGCCGGUCCACGUGAUACGAAAACGAAGCAUAAAUCAGCCAUUGAGGAUAUUACUGUUUUACGAUGAGUCCGUUUACAGGUUGGAUGAAGAUAAAUUUGAACUUAUCAAUAAUACUGUGUUACCUGAAGCAGUACAAUUUUGGGAACAAGCAUUGAUGGUGCGUGAAACAAAAGGAAUCAUUCGACUAAACAGAAAAUGUGACAGCACACAAGUUUUCGUCAAGGACUCCCUAACGCACUGUAUAGAUCACUGUAAAUCGAUAACAAUGUGCGGUGAAGUGCAAGUUCCUGAUGAGCAUCUCGAUGUGUGUCGUAUCUGCAAUGCCACCGGCCAGGAUUGCCGUCCCGAACCAACAACACAACGAGGACCAGGCAUUCAUAAUGCCGAUUUUGUGUUCUAUGUGUCAGCCAGACAAACAGAACGUUGCCAUAAAGGCUUGACAGUGGCCUACGCCGCUCACUGUCAGCAAGAAGCUGCCCUCGACAGACCCAUUGCCGGUCAUGCCAACUUAUGCCCGGAUAGCAUAAGUACAAAACCACAAGAGUUACAGACUCUGCUGUCCACUGUGAAGCAUGAAAUUUUACACGCCCUCGGCUUUUCAGUCAGCUUGUAUGCAUUCUUCCGGGACGAGCAUGGUAACCCACGCACGCCACGGAAAUCCGAUACGGGAAAACCCUAUCUCAAUGAAAAGCUACAAAUACACCAAUGGAGUGACAAAACAAUACGCAAAGUUGUUCGAGAUAAGUGGUCGGUGAGGGGUGGGACAAUUCGAAAAGUGGUUGAUAUGAUGGUGACGCCUCGUGUCGUCGAGGAGACUCGCAAACACUUUAACUGCCCCGAGUUGGAGGGUGCCGAAUUGGAGGAUCAAGGUGGCGAGGGAACAGCCCUCACUCAUUGGGAGAAGAGGAUAUUAGAGAAUGAAGCAAUGACUGGAACCCACACACAAAGUCCUGUCUUUUCACGAAUAACUCUUGCAUUGAUGGAGGAUUCGGGUUGGUAUAAAGCAAACUUUAGUAUGGCCUCACCAUUGUCCUGGGGCAAAGGAUUGGGUUGUACUUUUGCUAUGCGAAGUUGCAAGGACUGGAUUCAAAUGAAUAAUGGAAGAGGUCGUUCAAUUCACCCCUUCUGUUCAAAAGUUAAGCGAGAUCCACUUCAAACUGAAUGCACAGACGAUAGGAACUCCGUUGCUCUCUGCAACUUAAUUCGACACGACUACGAACUGCCAAAGGAAUACCAAAACUUCGAUAGCAUAAAUCACGUCAAAGAUGGCGAAGAAGGUUUCUAUGGUGGAUCGGUCUCCCUUGCCGAUCACUGCCCAUACAUUCAAGAAUUCACGUGGCGAAGUAAAAACAUCAUUGUUCGUGGAUCACAUUGUAAAUUUGAAGAAAAUAAUCCAAAACCCGAGAAAAACUUUGCCCUCGAAAGCUAUGGCAAAGGCUCCAAAUGUUUUGAUCACAGCGAAAAUAUGUGGGAAGAACGUUCCUGCCGCCAAACCCGCGAAUGGCAACACUGGGGCUCCGGCUGUUACAAAUACAAAUGUGACAAUGGCCGACUCCACAUAAUGGUCGCCAAUUAUUCCUACGAAUGUUUCUUCCCCGGCCAACAAUUGUCAAUUCGCAUCUUUGCCAAUGGAUGGCUACACAAAGGUGCCAUCAUCUGUCCACCGUGCCAUGAACUCUGCGGAGAAUACUUCCAACGACAAGGCUCACAAUGUCGACUGCGUGAGGAAGCACCGCCCUCGAACAAGUAUCCUCGUGAUAAUCUGGCUUGUUCGGCAUCAACAUUUACAUCACAUUCAUUACAUAGCCAAAUUAGCGGUGUGUUAGUUUUAAGCUUUUUAUUUUUAUAUUUAAGGACGAGUUAGAAUUUGGAUUUGUAAACACUUAGAAAGUUAGACGACCCUCUAUCUUGUGAUAAUAUUUCGCUAUAAAACCCAAGAUCGUACAUAGAACAUGUGUGACGUCACUGGGUCUCAAAGUUUUCUUCUAAUUUAUUAACAAACAAAACAAAAAAAAAAAUCCAAAUCAACGAUUAAUUUAUUGUAAUUUUGUUCAAUUCUUGUAUAAUUUAUCGUAAUCGUGUUUGUAAAAUAUUGUAUAAGUAUUUGUAUAAGUACCUUAAAUGUUAAGUCCGUAAAGUUUUCGUCGAAAGCACAUUCCACAACGCAAAGAUGAGCACAACUUUUAUUGCAUUUCUUUUUUAAAACAAAAAAAUUUUCUACAACAAAAAAAAAAACCUAAAUAUAGGUUUUAACUUUUUAAACCAUCGUGUAUUUGUAUAUCUUCGUGUUUUUAAAUAAAUUAAAAAAAAAAAAAUUAGUAAAAUCCAUUAUACAAAAAAUUAAAGUGUAUAUCAAUAAAUAAUUUAAGAAGCAAUUCUGUUGAAUGUUCUUCACAUCUGCUCAGAUUUGUAUCAAUUAAUUCUUGAGAAUGUUUUUAAAUUUUUUAUUUUGUAUAAUAAAAAUCUAUAGAUAAAAAAAAUUAGAAAAUA